GCAAACGCAACUAAUAUUGGAUAGAUUGACAGAUUGACACUGAGAUGUGAGCUGAGAUGAUUGACACAAAUUCUGGUGAAGUGAUAAGUGAUGUGAUUUCUUCUCUUUCAAAUAUUGAUGAAACCAAGUGGUAGUAUAAUAUAUAAUCUAGAUCCACAUUCCAUUGAAGAGAAAUUCUACUGCCAUGUACCUGAGGUGGCUAUAAAUUGACCAUGUUCCACACAGACACAACUACACAUAACUAAUCAAGAAUGAAGGUCAAAAACUGAAGAAUACUUUGGUCAAGGUAAACAGCAUUCAGGAAUAUAAUAUGGGAAAAACCAAUGGACCAGUGAUAAUCACAAUGAGUGUAUUAUAAUGAAGUAUAAAGAAUGGCACAUACCACUCAUACCAGAUAUAUAGGAAUAAUGAUCAGUCACUUCAUCAUUAUAACAGUAUAAUGUUCACAAACAAAUUAGGUUUCAACUUUGUUCUCUAGUUCAUAAAAAAUCAAAAUCAUGGGCCACAAUAUCAAUAUCAUAGUGUUAUUAUUAUUUGGUUUAGUAAAUCUUUCUAUUAAUGCAGUUAUAAAAAAUAACAGAACAUACUACCCAGAAGGUUUGUAUUCACCUGAAGAUGAUGUGCAAAUUUUGACUGUGAUAAACUUUGAUGCAACUAUUUAUGGUAGUGAAAAAGCCUGGAUGGUAGAAUUUUACAGCAAUUGGUGUGGUUAUUGUCAAAGAGCAGCACCAGUUUUCAAAGAGUUUGCUACAGACAUCAAAGGUUGGAGUGAUGUUGUUGGAGUUGGAGCUCUGGAUUGUGCCAAUGAUGUCAAUACACCUAUAUGUACAUACUUUGAGGUAACAAAGUAUCCCACAUUCAAAUAUUUCCAUGAGAACUAUGAAGAGGGUCCUACAAAUCUAGGUUUAAGAAUUAUAGCAGACUCUCACACAAAUGUAUCUGAACACAGAAAGAAUCUUGUGGACAUUUUAGAAAGUGAACAGUUCAAUGGAAGGGGGCAAAUAUUCCCAAAUCUGAGACCCUUCAAUGAAACUGAAUUGAACAAGUUGUUCAACAUUCCUUCUCCUAAUUUAACUUAUGCCUUCUUAAUCAUUCAAGAGUCCACUGAUGAUAUUGGACCAUCAAUCACAAUGGAUUUCCAUAAUGUUGACUCAGCAGUAGUAAGAUACAGUUAUGUGAAUGACACAUUUUUAAAAAAAGACCUUUUCCCUGCCUUGUAUGUGAUAGAAAAAGAUAGUGGUCUACAAUUUUUGAGUAUACCAUCCCCUAGUAGAGAGGGCUUCAAAAAAACAAUUGUUGAAUACUUAACAUCAAAAAAUGUUACUUUACCAGAAGAACAUUCCUACAGAAAUAAUUCUCAAUUUGAGAUACAGGAAACCACCUCACAAAAUGACACACUGCUGAGGCAGAAAAUAAAAGCAAUGGGUGAUGUUGUUUUUCAAGGAGAUUUGGAAAGUUCACUACGUUAUUCCUUGAAGCAUGAGGUUGGGGGUGCAAAAGAAAUAUCAGGUGAGAAGCUCAAAUCUCUGAGAGCAUAUAUAGAUGUCUUGGUGAAAUAUUUUCCAUUCAGUACUAAUGGAAAAUCCCUACUGAAUCAAAUAAGAACAUAUGCAUACUCCAGAGAUCAUAUAGAUGGAACAGAAAUUCGGAAACUUGUAGUUGAUGCUGAUAAACCUGGUAAACAUGUGUUUUCAUCACCCCAGCAGUGGUUAGCCUGCAGAGCUAGUGGAUCUGCCCACCGUGGAUACCCUUGCAGCCUGUGGAAAAUGUUCCAUUAUUUGACAAUCAAUGCUGCAAAUGCUGAAUCUGGAGUCAAAGACUCGAACCCCAGAGUGGUUUUGGAAGCUAUGUAUGGAUACAUCAAGAAUUUCUUCAGUUGUGAGGAUUGUGCCAAUCAUUUUGUGGAAAUGGCUGGUAGACGGGAAUUUUACAAAGUUCCUUCAUGGAAUGAGAGCAUCCUUUGGCUGUGGAGGGCUCACAAUGAGGUCAAUAAGCGUUUGAGUGGGGAUGAAACUGAAGAUCCUGAGUACCCCAAGAUUCAGUUCCCUUCCAAAGCUUAUUGUCCACAGUGUUAUAGGGCAGAUGAUUCUUGGAAUGAAGCAGAAGUUUUGGUUUACCUGAAGAAAAUGUACAGCUAUGAGAAUAUUCGGUAUAUGGGGUCUGAUCCACAAGUUCUCCAUUUUGAUAAGAUGCCUAUGCCUUCAUCAUCAAAGAAUUUGAAAGCUCUUGGCACAAAUAUCCCCCUAGUUAUGGCUGGAAUGUUGGUGUCUUUUGGAUUGAGGGGGGAAUAAGACAGCUAGUAAAAAUACUCAAAUGAUUUCUUAUACUAUUACUAUUAACAAUAAUGAUGAAUUUGAAGAUACUAUACCCACUAACUUGCUUCAUUUAACUAACAUGAGUACAGUAUUAACAAUGUAUACUAAAUACAUCCACAGUAAUAUUUGUGUGUAUUUAAAAGGUAAUUAUAGUAUUGAAAUAUUUUUCCAGGGAGAUUUUGAGUAACAGAAAAUAAUUGUGAUAUUUUUUACUAUAUAUUAUUUAAUUUUGACACAAAUGCUUUGCUUUAUAUUCAAUAAUAUGACAAAUAAUAUUUCGUUUUCUAAUUUUUUACCUUUUUUUCUAUGAAUUUUCUCUACCUGUAAUUGUGAUAAUAAAAUAUGAUGACAUUGUGAACAAUCUAUCAUUGAAGAUCAAGAAUAUUCCUAUGAAAACUAGUAAUUAUAUCUUGACACAUUUUCCAUUACCUUCAACCACAAAUUUAUGUGAAUCUAUUUAUACUCCGAUUGCAAAUUGCAUUGUCGUUAUAACAAUUAUUGAUAUGAAAUACUUUACCAUGACUGAAAAUCGUUUCAUCUUCAAGGAUAGAUUUUUAUUAAAAUGUUACCUUGACAAUCUC